AUGGCAACGCAGCGGCUAGCGCUGAAUCUCCAGCGCUCCCUUCGAAACCGUAAAGCUCUCAAUUCCAUCCAAUCUCCCCUAAGACGUUAUGCCAACCCAAUCACUCCCUCAAGAACCGAGAGCACCACUCUUUCCAAUGGCCUAACGAUCGCCACCGAGCACUCACCUUGGGCUCAAAUCUCGACUGUUGGAAUUUGGAUCGAUGCAGGUAGCAGAGCCGAGACCGACAAGACCAAUGGAACUGCUCACUUCCUCGAGCAUCUGGCUUUCAAGGGAACCGGCCGACGCGACCAACACCAGCUGGAGCUUGAAAUCGAGAACAUGGGCGGCCAUCUCAACGCAUAUACCUCACGUGAAAAUACGGUGUAUUAUGCCAAAUCUUUCAACUCCGACGUCCCCAAGACGGUCGACAUCCUUGCCGAUAUUCUCCAGAAUUCCAAGCUUGAUUCCAAAGCCGUCGAAAGAGAACGAGAUGUUAUCUUAAGGGAACAAGAGGAGGUUGACAAGCAGUUGGAAGAGGUUGUUUUCGAUCACCUGCACGCCACCGCCUACCAAAACCAGCCCCUAGGCCGCACCAUUCUCGGGCCACGAGAGAACAUUCUCAGCAUUACUCGGCAAGAUUUGGUUGACUACAUUAGCACGAAUUAUACCGCCGAUCGUAUGGUCCUCGUUGGAGCUGGUGGUGUCCCCCAUGAGGAGCUUGUCAAACUCGCCGAGAAACAUCUCGGUGGAUUGAGAUCAGCACCGCCUACGUCCCUCGCCGCCGAAAUUGCUGCUGAGCAGAAGCGAAAGCCUGACUUUGUUGGCUCGGAAGUCAGAAUUCGAGACGACACUAUCCCCACAGCAAACAUUGCCAUCGCCGUUGAAGGUGUCAGCUGGAAGGAUCCCGACUUCUUCACUGCCCUCGUUACCCAAGCCAUUGUUGGCAACUGGGACCGUGCCAUGGGCAACUCCCCGUAUCUCGGAAGCAAACUGAGCACAUUUGUCAAUUCCAACAACCUUGCCAACAGUUUCAUGAGCUUUUCCACCAGCUACAGCGACACCGGCCUUUGGGGUAUCUAUCUGGUAACCGAGAACAAGACUCAAAUUGAUGAUCUGGUUCAUUUCACACUCCGCGAAUGGUCCAGAUUGUCAUUUAAUGUCAGCGAAGCAGAGACAGAGCGCGCCAAGGCCCAACUCAAGGCUUCCAUCCUCUUAUCCCUCGACGGUACCACUGCUGUCGCCGAAGAUAUUGGACGACAAAUUGUGACUACUGGACGAAGAGCAGACCCCGCCGAGAUCGAGAGGGUUGUUGGUGCAAUCACAGAGAAAGAUGUCAUGGCAUUUGCCCACAAGAAACUGUGGGAUCAAGACAUAGCCAUCUCUGCCGUAGGUUCGAUUGAGGGCCUCCUAGAUUACAACAGGAUAAGGGCAGAUAUGAGCAGAAACGCAGCAUAG